AUGUCGUCAUCACCUACCCAAAACAGUUUAUUUAGACAACAACAACAUUUAUACCGUUCAGCUCAUUUCCUUGCCAAAUCAUCAAAACAACCUACUUUGUAUGUCCCGCCGUCGUCAAACGAUGGUCUUAACAAAGGAAGAAAAAGACGUGCUUCUUAUGAGGAUGAGGAAAUGACAAAUAGUGACAAUGCUGAUUGCAGUUAUAGAUCGCCACCGCAGCAGCAACAUCAACAACAUUCCACAACUGUUCAUAGCUACAGAGACGAUUAUUAUGGGUCAUAUCAUGCGUCUAAGCGUAAUAGAAUGUCAAUUAAAAAGGAUUUUCCCAUAAGUAAACUCCUUGCAACUUUGGAUAAAGAUAAAUUAAUUGAUCUGAUUAACGAUCUUGUCGAUUCCAAUCCACAUCUAAAAAGUGAAAUAGACGCUCAUAUACCUCCACCGACAACCCAAUCUAUAUCUCUAAUCAUUGGAAAUCUAGAAAAGAAGUUAAUGGACAGCUUUCCGUACAAUAAAUCGACAGCUCGAGACGAUUAUACAUUCAACAGAGUUAAAACAGCCAUUUUGGACAUUGUUAAUACUCUUCUCGAAUAUGCAGAUCAUUUUACAUCCCCCAUUUCAGAUAACAAUAACAGCAACAGUAGCAACAGCAGUGGCCGUGUCGUUCAUGCUGAUAGAAAUACUAAUAGUAGUAGCAGUAGUAGUGGCAACCAUCAUUCGAAUGCUUCAAUAACAGUGCCUGAUCAAUUAGGAGAACAUCAUCACUCAAUUACUAUAUUUUCUUACCUGCAUUACGCGACUGAUGUAGCGAAUCGGCUACCUGUUUGGGACACUGAUGCGCACAAUCAAAUCAAACAAGACCUCUUUACAGAGCUAAUAGGAUACUGGAAGAAAGCCAUCAAUAUAGCAGCGUCCAAAGUUAGUCAAGGCAAAAUUUUCGGUCAGCAAGUUGUGACUGAGUGGGCAAAAGACAUUGUUCAACAUGAUCAAGAAACGCAAGGCCGGUUUGGUGAGGUGAUCCAGUUAUUUACAGAAAGAUUAGGAUGGAUUAUCGGCGUCGAUAAUGUUAAUACUCUAUCUUCUAUUGCUUCCCGUACAAAUUUGUGGUAA